AUGGACCGCAUAUCUCAGGCAGAGGAACACGAGCGAUGGCUCCAAGAGAUAAGAGGACAGUCAAGCGAUCGGCAUCUCCGUGAUGUGCAGGAGUACCUAGCACGUGAUCUCAUUGAGGCUCUGUACGAUCAAGCCUUUGACAUGGUCAAUGAUCGCUGCGCUACCAACGUCACGCUGGUCGUGGAUAUCAAUGGCCCUGGUCGGAUCUUCCCUGGUCAGAUCUUCCAUGGUCAUAUCUUCCAUGGCCUAGAAGAGAUCACAGACUACUUCGAGAGGAACCACGGCCGCUUGUUGAUAAAGAUGGCCAUUGUCGAUCGCUUCCGCGUUACCUGCCCCCUCGAGUUCUUUUCGGACCGCGACGAAUAUGGAGAAGCCUACAAGCAACGCAGAUUGAUCAUCAUAGACAUGAACAACGAUCACAAGGUCAUUCGUAUCGAGAUGAGACCUGUUGGUCCUAAGGAGGCAUUCGAUCCGGAUGCGCUGAUUCCGCGACGUGGUUCAACGUUCGAUUUGAAGGGAUCGAGACAUGGGAAGAUGGAAUCCCAAGGCCGAUUAGUUCCCAAUGAUAAUCUCACGCAGUUUUGGGAAGUUUCAAACUACUUUUGGCAUUUACAGUCUCGCAUCUUCUUUCCAAGCAUCUCAUAUCAUACAACAAGUAUACUGAGCCAAGGCCAAAACUGUAAGUCUGGGGUAUACACUGACUCCAAGGACCAACAGCAGUUGCUGGUCAUCUUGCCUCACACCUCGGUGGACGGCAGGACUAGUGUGGAGGUCAACCUUGAAAGAUGGGUCUCGGCUAAAUUCCCUCCCCGUGAGGCGGGCCCGAUCUUGCCGGAUGUCCCUGCGUUGGCGCAUCCCCCACGUUUUGCCCCUCCACUCCUUCCACCUCACCUCAGGCUCCCAGGGCAGGAACUCUCCAUCCUCAUCAUGCUUUUCCAAUUCAAGUCAACGACAAUCGGCAGCACCCGUCGACGCCUCGAGGCACCUGCCAUGUCAAGACAUCGAUAUCCGUGCCACCAUACUGCCGAGAGUGAUGCCGUGUCGUCGGGUCAUCUCACCGCAUCUUCCCCGAGCCCAAGUCCGGAUCUUCGUCCAGUGCCUCUUCCGGUCGAGGGAGAGCAUGAUAAGACCAGCGACAGAAAAAAGUCGAGACGAUCUUGGCAAAAGAGCCAGACGGUCAAACGGAAGGCCAUCGAAAUCCGACGGUUCAGCUGUCUCCCAACGCCAGUCUUACCUAAACGCACGUCAGCGGUCACCCUCGCCCUUGGUAUCGAUGCCACCUUUCCAGCCCUCCCUUCCUUCACUCAAGGAGGGAUGAUUCGCAACUUGACUGGAGCAAGAAUGGGUCAAGACGAAGAAAAGCGGCGGAAAAACAUGGGACCAGAACAAAGCGCUGUCAGAGACCUGCCAUCUACUACAGCCAAGCUCAACGGAUACUUCCACUUCAGUCUACCACAGCGAGUUUUCCAUCCCGCCAUUCGCCCUAUCCAGCCCCACCAAACCACACUAAACCCCACCCUGUUGUUUCGAAACUCGUCCCCUCCCUCCCCCACAGGCAACAAGAGAUCGGACCCAGCUUCACUCUUGAAUCAGACUUCGUCAACAGCACUUUUCAGCCCGCUCAGGCUGCGGGAAGGAAGUUUGGAACGCAAGGCACGCACACCAAGCUUUCGAGGGGUCCACCUGUUUGGCUCAGCUCAGCUUGGCGGACUACUCCUGACCAUCAUCAUCAUCUGCCGGUACCAGCGUACCAGCCAACGAUUUCAGAAGAAUCAGCAGAGUCCGUCCCUGGCUCCCCCGUCUAGUGUCGGGAUCAGGUCGAUCCCACGUGAGGUCCCUGCCUCUGAUCCGCCCUCUUUACCCCAUUGGGAUGAGGUUGCGGUACCUGAAGCCGUUGUGCUGCAGGAAUGCGACUCGAGAGUAGAAACAAGGAAGAUCUCACACUGCCUCCGCUAUAAGAGUGCAAUGGUCGCCAGUUAUCCCCUCAUCUCAUUCCUUACAAUACCAGCACACAAAAUGCACAGCUCGACAGCAGCCUUCCUUCUCGCCCUGCUGGGCACGGCGAGUUCCUCCCCUCUCACGAUCCAGCCCCGUCAGGCCGACUUCUCAGGGAAUCAGCAAGAUGGUCUCGCCGCCGGGUGCCAGUCCAUGAUCGUCAUCUUUGCCCGCGGCACCACCGAGGGAGGCAACGUUGGAACCAUUGCCGGCCCGCCCUUCUUCCAGUCCCUUGCGACUCAGGUCGGUGGCAGCCUUGCCGUCCAGGGUGUCGAGUAUCCCGCCGAUAUCCCCGGUUUCUUGGCCGGAGGUGACGCCAACGGAUCCCAAAUGAUGGCCACUCUUACUGAGCAAGCCAUCACCAAUUGCCCCAACUCGGCCGUCAUCAUGUCUGGAUACUCCCAGGGUGGGCAGCUCGUCCACAACGGUGCUGCGAUUAUGCAGCCUGACAUGGUAGCCAAGGUUGCUGGUGCCGUUAUUUUCGGUGACCCGCUCAACGGACAAGCUGUCCAGGGAGUGGAUGCCGCCAAGACCAAGGUCAUCUGCCACAACGGCGACAACAUCUGCGAGGGCGGCAAUCAGAUCCGCCGCGCUCACUUGACGUACGGCAAUGACGCUGAUGAGGCUGCCACCUUUGCUGCCUCGAUGAUGCCGGCUGCUGCGGCCCCUGCUGCGGCUUAA